AUGUACCAAUGUAUUUUCUGCUUGUUUGGUUCUGAAUUUAACGAUUUAAUGAUGAAUCAUUUAGCUAUGGAACAUUUUGAAUAUGAAUCUGUAUGUUUGGAGCGUUCUCUAAAAUCGGACAGUCUUGUAUGAAUAUUUAAAUUUAAUAUGUUUUAUAAUCAUAUUUAAUUAUUUAUAAUUACCACUAUAGGAUUCUUCAAAAGUUGAAAAUCUAAAAAUUAUAAGAUUAACACAAACUAUAGACAGUGGUUUGUUAGAAAUAGUAAAUGUAACGCCUGAAAUGAGUUUUUUGCUUGAAAAUCCUGAAAUGCUUGAUGAUAACGAUGAAGUUUCUGCCAAGCGAAAACUUUCUGUGGAACAUUUAUCCCAAGAGUCUAUUGAUUGGCCAAGAAAUAAGCGCCAACGAAAAAUGUCUGUCGAACAUUUGACUGAAGAGUCUAAUGAUGGUCCAAAUAAGUUCAAACAGACUGUUUUUCCAUUUAUUGAGUUGAAUAAGUUAUUUGUUUGUAAAGAAUGUGGUAUGUUUGAUUUGUAUUUAAAUUGGCUAUAAAUAUUAACAUAAAAGAAACUAAAGUUUUUCGUUUAACAUUUUUUUUUAUGUAGAUAAAGUUUUCUUAAAUAGUAAAGACUACCAAAGACAUUUAGAAAAUUUUCCAAAAUCAAAUGAGCACAAGAAGUGUGUAUUUUGUGAUAAGUACUUUAAAACACCCUAUCAAAUGACAGAACACGUGAAAUGUCAUGGGCCAGAUCGCUUUACAUGUAAUAUAUGCUAUUUUAUGGCACCAUCUUGUCAGUCUAUUGGAUUCCAUAUGAAAAAUGAACAUGAAAUCGGGAAUUUGGAAUUAAUACCUGUAAAUUCUAAAUGUACAGACAUAGAAAUAGAUAAAUUUAUUGUUGAUCGUAAGAAAUAUAAAAAAAAGAAGUAUCAAAAAAUACUACCAAAGGAAUGUAAUAUUAGUUUUAAAUGUGGUGAAUGUCUCUUGACCUCUGUCGAGAAGAAUUCGAUACUAUCACACAUAAAGGAUAUUCAUAAUAUUGACAAAUAUGAGGUACAUAAAGUAAAUUCUUCAUCCAUUGGUGGCUUUAAAGAACUAUACGAAAUUAGAAAAAUUAAUUCUUCUAAUGAACAAAUAAAAACCAAAAGACUAGAUCAUAAUAAUUUGUUUAAUGUAAGUGAUCAUGUUUUAAUUUGUUAUAAUUAAUUUUUUUAAAUUAAAUAUAAUCCUGUAAUAUUUUCUUUUAUAUUUACUGUUGUAAGAAUUGUGUAUGUUAUAUUGUUUAAUUAUUGUAUUAUUCUGAUUAUUUAUUAGCAAAAUAUUGACAAAAAUGAUUCUGCAAUACCAAAAGUUAUUGUUGAAGAUAAAAACACCAAACAAUUUUCACCUGAUACCAUUGACAAUAUCCCAAUGACGCAUAUCUUCUUAAAUCCUAUCGGAUGUUCACUGUGUACAUAUAACACAAAGGUGCGAUCUAAUUUAAUUCUUCAUUUAAAUAUACACAAAAAUGGACAGUGUAUUAUAACUAAGGAGAUUGUUAAUCCAGUACCUUCUAUUGAAAAUUCAGAACUUAUGUUUGAUAAAAUGAUAAAUCUGUCUGCCAGUUCAUAUGAAGCUAUGAUUUCUGAAAAGGUGAGAAUUUGUUUUAUACAAUAAUUUUUUUUUACAAGUUAUCUUUGUUUUUAAAAUGGACUAAUACAUAUACUUGUUGAAAUUAUUUUACAGACGAAAGUUGACAAGUUGAAUACAAAAAUUGUUGAAGUUUCUCCCAUAAAUAACCUAAACACUGAGUUAUUUCCUCAGUUCAUUCCAAAAAAUAAGCUUUUUCAAUGUUCAGAAGGGACUUGUAACCAACAAUUUUUUUUGAAUGCAGAUUUACUCAAGACACACAUGUCAAUAAUUCAUGAAGACUUCCAAUUUUAUUUGUGAGUAACUUAUAAUAACAGUAGAAAUUUGAUUAACAUCACUCUAUAUUAUCCAUCAUUAUCGAAAAAAAAACAAAACGUAAAUAGUUUGUCAUUGGAUUGACGGUUUUUUUGGUUUUUUUUAUAUAUCGGUAUACCGGGUUUUUUUUAAAUACCGCUGAAACAGUAUACCGUUUUACCGAAGUAAUACCUGAAGUAUAUGUUAUGAGUUGACGAUUUAUUAUUAAUGGUAUACCGGUUAUUACUGAAAUAGUUUAAAUAUCGCAUAAGUAAAUACCGUAAGACGGCUUCUCACUGCUCCGUGAUAACGUGAAUCAUAAUUUUAAACUAGAUGUGGGGCGGUAUGUGAAAUUUACCCACCAGUAAUGUAAUUUCGGAAUGUGUUUACAUACCGGUUUUUAACGGUAUACCAGUAUGUCAGUAUGUAUCAAUAAAUACCAUAUAGACAAUAUAUACUACUCGCUCGGUAAAUGCAUUCAAACAAUAAAUACCGCUAAUACAGUUUUUAAUCGACAAAUUGAUAGAAUAUAGUUGAAACUUCAGAGCAUGUAUAAUUAUGCUCCUUAGAAUAGUGUAUAGCAUAAAAUGUCGCCUAUUCAGGAGCCACCAUUAUGAGUCCAAUUGUGUCUUCUGUGAUUUAUCUUAUGAUAAUCAGAAAACAUAAUUUAAGAUAAACUGGUGGAGUUUGGAGUCCCUCUCUUAUUAUUUAUUGUAUAAAUGAGACUCAAAAUAUAGUUGUGAAAAAAAAAGUGAAUUUAUUCUGUGAUCGGGAUUCGGGACGAUACAGCUAGUUACAAAAAAUAUGUAGCCCAGUACCAGGAAUAAUAUUUUUUAGUUGUACAAUGCUAUAUUAAAUAUUUCUGUUUCAAUGUAGUAUGCUACUUUUUUGCUAUAAUUUUUUCAUUUUAAGUUCUUGCAUUCUUAAACUCCAGGUUCAUUACAAAUAAAACAAAUUGUUUAAAAGAGUAUAACCCACAAAAAAGUAUGCAUAUCAUUUUAUGUGUUUCCCAAAAAUAUAUAAAAGACAAUAAAGAUUAAAACUAAAAAGUGUCAUAAAUUAUAAACGAUAAAAAUAAUCUAAGCUAAAAAUUUGUAAUUUUUGUAUAUUAAUAGUUUUUCAAUAAUAAAAAUUGCCUGUAUAUUAGAUAUAACAAAGUUAAAAAGACGUCCUAGAAUAAUGGGUACGGGUGCAGCCACUGUUAGGUAUAGAUAAUUUAAUGUAUAUCUGCAAGCAAUGAUUACCCAAUGCUCACAAAAAAAAAAAAAGAGAUUUUGAGCGGAUUCAGUUGAUAGUGAUGAUUUUUCAACAAUAUAUAUGACAUUUUAUAGUAAAAUAAUUAAAUAGGCAUAAUAUAUGUUUUUGAUAAUAUUUUUUUAAUGUAGUAGCGAUUUUCCCAAUUUUCCUACGUUGUUCCCGGUUUUCUAAUGUUUUAUCCCGGUUUUUCACACUUGCUGGGAAAACUCCUAAGAAAAUCGAAAAAUGACAUGUCUUAAGUACCUCCUUAUUGAAAUUUCCUUUUAGAAACAUUGCUAUCAUUAAAAGUUGGAGAAAAAUUUCUGGUAGAAAAGUUGUUCAUAGAAAAAAAGAAGGCCAUAUUAUAUUUCUAAUACCUAUAUUUUUUAUAUUUUCCUGUUUUUUUUUCAGUUUUUCAAAUUCGAUGAGAAAACUUUUGAGAAAUCAAAAAAUGGCUUCCUUAAAAAAGUACAUCCCACACCGAUUUCCUUUCAGAAAAAGUACUAUAUUUAGAAAUCUCAGCAAUUCUCCCGGUAGAAAAGUUGUUAAUAGAUAAAAAAAAAUUUAAAAAAAACAUUUUUUUAAAACUAUAGGCUCCUUCGCUCCAUUCUAUAUCUACAAUUAAAAUAUGAAAUAUAAUAUUAGUAUUAUCUAUCCUACUCCUUUUUUUCGUAUUACUUUAUACAAACAGUGAAAUAAAAAUUAAGAAAAUUGUAAUUUGAUCGAUUAAAUGUUAUCAAAUUAAAUACAUAUACAUCAUCAGUUUACCAAAAGAAGGGGAUUUUUCUCUAAAAAUACUUAUUGUUUAGCAUGGUCUUCAGACAUCAAGUAUCGUUUGGUUGUAAAAGCAUUUCCUCCAUAGCUAAAUAAACUUUCACAUGGUACAUGACUCACCAGUAUACCGAAAAUACCACUAACUUUAAUUUAAACCAUAUCAUGGUAUAAUACCGUGUUGAACCUACCCCUUACAUAGAAUAAAAUGUUUUGAAUCAAUUUUCAGUCUUAUAAGUUAUACUGGUUAUGAUUCUAUGUAAUAAUAUGAAUUAUUAUAUAAUAGGUUCUAUUUUUGUAAUUGUACUGUUUACCGAUGAAAAUGCGUUUAUCGAAUCAUACAUGGUAUGAGAGUGACUUUGAUAAAUAAUAACGUACACUGAAUACAUCGAGUCAUCAAUAUUGUACCUAUUAAUUUAUUAUAUUUAUUAUUAUUUAUUAAUAAUAAUGUAUAACGGCGACGAUUACGUAUUACUCAUACGUAAUACGUAAUUUCUUUUAUAGUAAGAAGAAAAGUAAAAUAGUAAGUAAAAGUAAGGUAUUCUGGUAUUACGGUUUCUGGUAUAUAACGGUAUUAUGGUAUAUCGAAUUUAAUACCCCAAUACUAGAAUAUUUCAAUACAGUCAACCCUAGUUUGUCAUCGCAGUUAACUCGCUGCAAUGUGAGCAUGUGUAGACUAUAAAGGGUUAAAUAUUUUGAAAUAUCCAACAUGUGCGAUAAACACCACAUGAGUUAAACAAUUUGACCACUUUAAAUACUUACAUAGUAAAAUUAAUGCGUUUAUUGCAAUAUGUCGGUUAAUCGACAUAGUCCUUGGCCUGAUAGUGACGGUUAAUCGAGGUUUUACUGUACUGUAUUUUAGAUAGUUUUUUAUAAAAUAUAUUUAUUUUACAGAUGUCCACAUUGCCAACCAAAUUCGAUCACAACUAAAGAAGUUAAGAUAAAUAACAUUGAUUUUCAUUUAUUGCAUCACACUGAAAACUUGUUUAAAUGCCAAUAUUGCGAUUAUAUAGAUUUUAAUAGAGAUGAAAUGAGAAAACAUAUGAGAAAAACCCAUCUACCACUAAUAGUUAGGGAAAACCAAUACAAUAUAAUUGUAAUCAGACAAUCAAAAAUAGAAGAUUAUUCUUUUGACAGAAAUAUAAUCGAAGGUAUAUUAUUUUAUAAUUUUCAUUUAUAUUCUUACUUAUAUUUCUGAGUACAAUUAUCUGUAGCUCAAUGGAUCUGCAAUUUAUGUACUUACAUUAUUAAAUAUACUGAAAUUAUAUAACAUCUUUUUUUUCCUCAAAAAGUAACGAAAAUGUAUAGAUGUCCCAUGUGUUCAUUUGAAGGAGAUGCCAAUUCUAAACAAUUUGAAGAACAUUUUAAAGAACAUCAUCCUAAUGUAGCAGACAAGAACCAAAAAGUAUGCGAUAAAGUAAGUAUAAUUUUACUUGAACAAUCAAAAUAAAUAUGUAAUACAAAAUAUAAAUAAUUUUCAUUUUGUAUGUGUUAUACUUUUGUUUUGAUUUCAAAUUAAUUGUUAAAUUAUUCCUAAUCCACUAAUAACUUAACAAAAUUAAAUAUUUAUUUUUUAUUAUUAAGAUUACUGAUGCAGAACAGCUAGCUAUACAAUCCAAUAAUCAUAUGGGUAAUACAAUAAACAAUCAGGAACAGCGAGCUUUAGAAAGUAUUGACCCACGUAUGCCACUUUCUUGUAGAGGAAUUCCUAUUGAAUCAAAUUAUACAAGUGAAUCUCGAUUUGUAUCAAAGAAUCCAAAAUCAGCUAAACAGUCUCAAGUUAAAAUUAAGCCAGAAAUGUUUCAAAAUGAUUUUAAAGAGGAUGAUAGAUUAGGAUCAAUAUCUAAAAGUGGCCAAUUUGUGUGUCCUAAGUGUAAUUCAUUCACGACCAAAUCUAUAAAGAUUUUCCGUGAUCACUUAUAUAAAGAAAUUGAUAGUAAAAAGUAAACAAAUAAUUAUUCAUUUUCAUAUUAAUUCAUUUUUGAAAUAAAAAUAAUAUAAAAUUUUAAAUUUUUUGUAGAUGGAAAUGUAUGAAAUGUUUUUUAAUAUGUAAUUCCGCACAGAAAAUGUCAUGGCAUAUAAAAAAGCAUGAAUUUGGUACUAAGUAUGAAAAAAUGGAAAAUACUGCAAGAUUCAAAUGGGUAAAAUAAUAUUAUUUUUGUUUUAUUUUUUGAAGACAUUUUUAAAAAAAAGUACUGAACUAGGCUUAUAUAUUUUUGUUUAGGUUGACCGAGUAAUUGAACACCAAUAUCAUUUAUCUAUAGAAUUUAAUAAACAAAAAACAAAAGAUAUAAUAUCUGUUGGACGGACAGUAGCUGUUACAAACAAAAUGACUUUAAAAACAGUACGAUUUCGCUUUAAAAAUAGUAUAAACAAUAAUAUUAUUUAUUUCAUUUCAUUUUUAGAAAAAAGAUUUUUCUCCUGAAAAAAAGGUUGUGGAUUCUUCAAUCACCCCACAAAUGAGCGUUGAAGUCAUUAAUUUAUUGAAUGAUUUUGAUGACGAAUAA